UUAGCAUUGUAAGUCAAACUGUAGUCAGGCAGAUUAGCGGCUAACGCCAGCUUGCAAAACGUGUUCGCCAAGUUUGUGCCUAUUAUGGGCUGCCAGUGUUCUGUUAACUGCGAUGCCUUACACAACCACUAAAUUACUUGUUUUCUCUGAAAGGAUGACUGAGUACAGAGUUUUCCUUGGGUAAUAGAUGGCGGUAUUCGCCUAUUUUCAUACCGGGCAAAUUCAGAUAUCUCAUCCGGGGAACUGCUUGCCGACCAGGCCUGAGCUGGAGAGCAGCUUUGGUAGUAUUAGGUCAGUCAGCUGUGUGUAGGCAGCUCACAUAGGGCGUAAACAAUCUACACGUUCAUUAAUAGUGGUCCUUAUAAUAGGGUUAAACCAAUAAUUGCGGUCAACUGUAGGCAAGGUAACUGUUAAACCACACGGGAUGUUGGCUUGGAGCCGGACAAGGCGGUAGUGCUACCUACUGUGGCUAGCGUUAACUUAUUUCCUGACCACUUUCUCGCUCACUGUGACCAACAACAUAUGAAUACGACAAGAGCUGAAUAGUUGAUGGAGUGGCAGCCAGAUGAGCAGGGACUUCAGCAGGUCCUCCUGCUGCUCAAGGAUUCACAAUCUCCCAAUACAGUAACACAGAGAGCUGUCCAACAAAAACUUGAACAACUCAACCAGUUCCCUGACUUCAACAAUUAUCUCAUCUUUGUCCUCACACGGCUCAGAACUGAAGAUGAGCCAACUCGCUCCCUGAGCGGUCUGAUCCUGAAAAACAAUGUUAAAGCCCACUACCAGAACUUCCCCCCAGCUGUUGCUGACUUCAUCAAGAAGGAAUGUCUCGGUAACAUCGGUGACCCCUCGCCGCUCAUCCGUGCCACCAUUGGCAUCCUGAUCACUACUAUUGCCUCCAAGGGAGAAUUACAGACAUGGCCUGAGCUGCUGCCCCAGCUCUGCAACUUGCUUAACUCAGAGGACUACAACACCUGCGAGGGCUCGUUUGGAGCACUGCAGAAGAUCUGCGAAGACUCGUCGGAGCUGCUGGACAGCGACGCUCUGAACAGACCCCUCAACAUUAUGAUACCUAAGUUCCUUCAGUUCUUCAAGCACUGCAGCCCCAAGAUUAGGUCCCACGCCAUAGCCUGUGUGAAUCAGUUCAUCAUUGGCAGAGCCCAGGCCCUAAUGGACAACAUUGACACCUUCAUAGAGAGCCUGUUUGUGCUGGCAGCAGACGAGGACUCUGAGGUUCGAAAGAACGUGUGCCGAGCCCUGGUCAUGCUACUGGAGGUCCGUGUCGACCGCCUCAUCCCCCACAUGCACAGCAUCAUCCAGUACAUGCUACAGCGGACCCAGGAUCCUGAUGAGAAUGUGGCUCUGGAGGCCUGUGAGUUUUGGCUGACUCUAGCAGAGCAACCCAUCUGUAAGGAGAUGCUGUCUGGACACCUGGCGCAACUGACACCUAUCUUGGUAAAUGGGAUGAAGUACUCAGAGAUAGACAUCAUACUGUUAAAGGGUGAUGUGGAGGAGGACGAGGCGGUACCAGAUAAUGAACAAGACAUCAAGCCCCGUUUCCACAAGUCACGGACUGUCACCUUGCAGCAUGAAGGAGGGGAGGGUGAGGAGAGUGAGGACACUGAAGAUGAUGACGACGAUGAUGACGACACACUGUCUGACUGGAACCUGCGAAAGUGUUCAGCUGCAGCCCUGGACGUGCUGGCCAACGUGUUCCGUGAUGAGCUGCUGGCCCACCUCCUGCCGCUGCUGAAGGACUUGCUCUUCCACCCUGACUGGGUCAUCAAGGAGUCUGGCAUCCUGGUGUUGGGGGCCAUAGCUGAAGGCUGUAUGCAGGGCAUGGUGCCAUACCUGCCAGAGCUGAUUCCCCACCUCAUCCAGUGUCUGUGUGACAAAAAGGCCUUGGUGCGUUCCAUUGCCUGCUGGACCCUGAGUCGUUAUGCACAUUGGGUGGUCUCCCAGCCCCCUGACUCCUACCUCAAACCACUUAUGACAGAGCUUCUGAAACGAAUCCUGGACAGCAACAAGCGGGUACAGGAGGCCGCCUGCAGUGCAUUUGCCACCUUGGAGGAGGAAGCAUGCACAGAGCUGGUGCCCUACCUGAGCUUUAUCCUGGACACGCUGGUCUUUGCCUUUGGAAAAUACCAGCACAAGAAUCUCCUCAUCCUCUACGAUGCCAUAGGCACUUUAGCAGACUCCGUGGGCCACCACCUCAAUCAGCCAGAGUACAUUCAGAAGUUGAUGCCCCCUCUUAUUGCCAAGUGGAAUGAACUGAAGGACGAAGAUAAGGAUCUCUUCCCACUACUAGAGUGUCUGUCAUCAGUAGCCACCGCCCUGCAGAGUGGGUUCCUGCCUUACUGUGAGCCUGUCUACCAGCGCUGUGUCACACUAGUCCAGAAGACACUAGCUCAGGCCAUGAUGUACAACCAGCAUCCAGACCAAUAUGAGGCUCCAGACAAGGAUUUCAUGAUUGUGGCCCUGGAUCUGCUUAGCGGUCUCGCUGAGGGUUUGGGGGGCCACGUGGAACAGCUAGUGGCCCGCUCCAACAUCAUGACCCUGCUUUUUCAAUGCAUGCAGGAUACUAUGCCUGAGGUGAGACAGAGCUCUUUUGCGCUGCUCGGUGAUCUAACCAAGGCGUGCUUCCCCCAUGUCAAACCCUGCAUUGCUGAGUUCAUGCCCAUCCUGGGGCUCAACCUGAACCCAGAGUUUAUCUCGGUGUGUAACAAUGCCACAUGGGCCAUUGGGGAGAUCUCAAUGCAAAUGGGUAAGAAAGCAGGUCGUACUUUAUUGUUGCACUUUUUCUAACAAAUGGUUUCCUUCCCUGAA